UAAAACAUUUCCCAAGCAAGAAAUAAUUUUAUAUUUUUCAAAAAAAAAAACAAAAACAAAUUUAUAAAAAAAAUAAAAAAGGAAAAAAUAUUUAAAGAAGAAGUUAAAAACAAAAAACAAAAACAAUAGAGACAAGUUGAAGAAUAAAUGUUUGUUUUUUUUUUGCAAGAGCAACCUUUCAAGUUUUUCUAUUCAAAAACACCAAGAAAAAAGCUCUUCUUCUUCAUUUUUGAAAUUCACUUUUUGUAUAUUUGUGUGUGUGUGUGUAUCUCUUUUUUCUUAUAGUUUUGAUUUUUUUUUUGCAUGUAAUUUCUAUUUUUCACUAGUCCACUGAAUUACUAACUUUAAACAUUCAAUUUUUUCGUGUUAAAACACGAAUACUAAGAGCAAAAGAAUAAGAAAAAGAGAAAAUCAUUUACACAGGAAUUAAAAUAAAUUAAAAAAAAAAAAAGAAUUUGUUGUGGCGUGUACAGUGAAUAGAAAAAAAAAAACAAAAAUUAAAAUAUUGAUAAUUCAAAACAAACACCUAUACACAAAUAUAUAGUUGUAUAUAUUAUACAGAGUGAUUAAUAUUUUAUAAAAUAAUAAAUUUUAGAUAAAAUCCAAAAAAGAACUGAGAAUUUUUCUUUUUUUUUUGUAAUCUUAAACAUUAAAACAUUCGGUGGAAUUAAAAUUGUUGUGUAUUGCAGAUAAAAAAUCUUUUAUGGUUUUCAUUGUUACCAUGUUAUUGUUAUUGUUGUUGUACUUUUUUAUUGUACCAUAAAUAAAAACAAAACGAAAAAAAAAAUUAAGAAAACAGUUAAGAAAAUAAAACCAUUUAUUUUUCGCUUUUUAAUUUGAUAGUGCAAAUCCAUAGGGAAUUUUUUGGCUCGUGUUAAAAUUAAGAAAACAAAAAAAAAAACAAAUUUAAUCAAAAAUUAACAAAAACAAAAAUUUUUUAAUUUUUAUGUUAAAUAAUAAUAUUUUUAAUUGCAUAUUUUUUGGGGUUUCAUAGAAAUUUAUUGCAAAAUAACAUUAAUAUUGUGUUAAAUGUACUUUUAAAGUUAAAGUAAUGAAUAAGUAAAAUUUUUAUUAAAAGUAAGUGAGAAUUUAAACAUUUUUAAGGUAACAAAGCAUAUAUUAAACACCUCAACAGAAUAAUUGUGAAAAAAUAUCGAAUAUUAGUUGGUAAAGUUAAUUUUAAGUGGGUAAAAUACAAAAGAGAAAAGCAAAUCCACAUAAAAACACUUCAAAUUAAUAAAAAAUUGAAUUACUUAAAAACAAAAGAAGAAAAAAUUUAAGUGCGCUUAGUGAAAAUUUGUGUUUUUUAGUUUUUUAAUAAAAAAAAAAGAAAACAUUAUAUUGUAAAACCUAAACAAUCCCAGCAAAAAAUUAUAAAAAUUGUGAAUUUUUUGAAAUAAAAUCAAAGAAGGCCUAAAGAGACAAAAUAAUUACAACAUAAAAAAUUAAACGAAAAGUUAUAACCUUCAAAAUUAUAAUUUUUAAAUUUGUAUAAAUUUCUAAAAGCAUUAAAUAUAAAAUUGGAAUUCAAGGAUAUAUGUAACUAAACUAAAAUCAAGUAAAAUCAACUGAAUCCAAGCAGAAAAUUAAUCAUAAUUCAAUUGCUAUACAAUCAUUAAAUUUCGAAUUUGACAAUUUAAAUAUUUGUCUUUCUAUAUAUAUACAUACAACUAACUGUAAUUCACGACUUAUACGAAUAAUAAAAAAACAAAAUGGCAAUCUCAUCAAAUUUUGGUACUUCCGAUAAUAUUGAAUUAACACCAAUUAAUAAAUCAAUUAAGUCUGGUUUAAAUUUAACACCGAAAAUGAAAAGAGCUGCUAACACCAAAAAAUUACAAUUUACAACACCAGAAUAUAGUGCAAUAUCUGUUAUACCAUCAACUGGUAUGAAUCGAAUGAUAGCACCGAAUCGUAGAAGGGAAGAAGCUAUGGUAAUGGCUAAUUUAAGAAAACGUGUAGCUGCUGUAGAUUUAAGUCGUAAAGCAAAAGCAUCUGAAGAUCCGAAUGCAAAUGAUACUGGACAAUCCGAGCCAUUAGAUAACCGUCCUCUAUUGCCAAAGAUUUCUUCCCGACGAGAUUUGAAUAAUGGAGAAGAAUCACCGAAACCAUUAUUGCAAGAUAAAGACUUCAUAUUAGAUUGUUUAUGUUGGCAUAAUGAAUAUCGUGCUAGACAUGGAGCAUCUGCACUCACUGUUUCACCGGAGCUAUGUGAACAUGCACAAAAUUGGGCUAAUCACCUGGCAAGCACGAAUGAAUUCUAUUAUAGAUCAGAAAAAAGUCUUGGACAAAAUUUAUUUUGUUGUCCCAUAAGUGCACUUGUUACAGACUUAACAGGGCAAGAAGUCGCUUCCUACUGGUACAGUACUGUUCGUCGGUACAACUAUUUUAAAGAACCCAGUUUAUUACAUACGAAUGUAAAUGCCGGUCAUUUUACUCAAAUUGUAUGGCGUAGAUCAAAAUAUUUUGGUGUUGGUAAAGCUACAUCACGAACUGGAAAAAUUUUUGUGGUGGCAUACUAUUAUCCUCCAGGUAAUGUUGUUGGACAAUUUCAAGAUAAUGUUUUACCACCAAUAAUGGAUCAAGAUGGUCAUCAACCACCAAUUGAUUUGGAUACAACACCAAUUGCAUCAAUAUUAAAAUCGAACAGUAGUGGAAGUGGUUCAACAAAUUAAAAACACUAUAAUAUUCAAGAUACACAAAAACAAACUAUAAAAGCAAACUAUAAAUAUAAUAAAAAGAAUGAUAAUGCAAAUCAUUAUGUUAAAAUAUAACAAUAACGGUUCGCAAUAAAACGAAAAUAAAAGACUUUUUAUAUAGUAUAGUUAUUAAAAAACCUGAAAGAAGCCCGAAUCCUUCCAUCAUACAAAAUAUUUUCAAAAUAAUUAAAUAUUGGCUUUUUAUAAAUCCAUUUUGAGUGCAUUUUUCAUCAUUGCAAAAAAAGAAAAAAAUAUAUAUAUAUGUAUAUAUAUACUAACUUUUGCUAAAUAAAAAUUUUAUUUUCUCUGGAAAAUGCGUAGGCGUAUAUUACAAUGAAGAGUGAGAAAAUGUUACAAUAUAACAAAAUAUUGUAAUUUUAUAAAAUACAGUUUCUAAAUUAUUAUAUAAGAAUAUGCAUUAAAGUACUUUUAACAAAAUUAAAAGAGAAAUUAUUAUGAAUACGCUAGACUGCUUGUUAUAUUCAAAUAUAUAGUUUUUACAUUAAAUAUUACAUUGUUACAUUCGUUAUUACAUAAUAAAUAAAUUUGACUGUGUACACAUUUGUGUAUUUCAAAAUUUUGUGAAAGACAUGAUAUUUCCAAUCAACAGUGAAUUCUUAUUUAAUAAAAUUUUUUUUUUGCUAAUUGAUACCAAUUUUAUUGUAUUAUUUAAUUAAGGCAAAUAUGUAAUAGAAACUUAUAAUUGCUAUAUAAAAUAAAUUAUGUACGAGUAUAAUAGUAAUUGUAAUUAAUUUAUUAAUUUCUUGCAAAAACCUAAAAAAUUAAACACUCCAAGUAUGACAGCUGCAAAAAAUCAGGUUGAUACAUACAUAUAUAAAAUUUUUAACAUCUUAAUUUAUUAUACAAAUUUGCAAUUAUAAAAAUUGCGUAAUUAAAUUAUGUAGCCAUUUAGAAACUUUAAUAUAAAACAAUGUUUAACGAUGUUAAUGUAGUUAACCAUUGCUAUUAUUACGAAAUAAACUUCGUAAUAAAGCAAUGGUUAGCUACUUAGGUGGUCUUGUGCAUUAAAAGAACAAAGAUAAAAAAAAAACAAAAUUGACCUAUGUGUAUUGUAUUUUCUAGCGUAUUUUAAAAAUAAUAGAGAUUAAUCAAGCAUAUUUUGAUUAAGUAUGAACUUAUUAAAAAAAACAUUACAUGCAUAAAAAUUUUGAUCCUUCAUUGAAGUA